AUGCAUGAUCAAAGCCAUUGCAUCAAUGAUGCCCUGUCGCCGGGUGAUGAUAUUGCCUUCAUAUCCGAGCUAUUCCCUCCCCCUCCCCCUGAAUAUAGUACAGACAUGCCUCACGACAACGCGGAAUAUUCCCUGGGAUAUCUCGGCGAUUUAAAGCGAUGUUGGAAUACUUGCAUUCGACUCUCCUACCACCUGGCAGAUCAUGUGGUUGAACAUCAUCUGGAGACCGAUUCAAAUGCUCAGCCUUUGUGGUCAUCUUCCAAGACAGAGAAAGAAGUUGUCUACAGCAAAGCCGUUGCUUCGCUCCAGGCCAAGCUUUUGUAUCCGAUGUAUGGCCCCACUAGGUUUUGUUUAAAUUUUUUUUUGGAAGGGCACUUACACGAAUAUAGAGCCUACGCGGUAUUAUUCUUAGAAUCGGCUGCAUCUUCUGGCUCUGACCCUAAUCACUCAGGUCAUCACCACAAAAAUAUGGCUUGUUCUAUUGAAAGACAGCAAUCCAUUCUUCGAAAUGCGCCUUUUGACGAUACACUUAUAUUUUUGUCGACCCACCACUGCAUGCAGCUUCUAUUUUCGACGGUCCAGCGCUUGAUGGAACCGGAAAUUGCUCAUUCCACCACCGAAAGCUGGAUUAGUCUCCUUCUCACCACUUCAACCAUGGAAAGAAUCGUCGGCUUCUUUGUUUCUAUCGCGAAGGAUGACCAAAGAAAACAAAAAAGCGAUCAUGAUUCUACGUGGUCCCAUAAAAAGGAGUUUUUGUGGGCGAUGCGACGGGAUUUGAACGAGUACAUGGCGUCUUUCAGUGAUCACGGCGAACAAGUACUCCACGAGCCCAAACUCAACCAUAUAUGGUUCCAAGCAGCAUACAAUGAGAUGGACCGACGAGGGGCUAUUCCGCAUACUGUUGAGGAUUCAGAAGUGCAUGUUCUCCAUGGGUCUGUUGUGAAAUUGGAAUGUAAACACUGUUAUGAUUGUUAUGAUGAAUGA